AUGGGCGAUGAACUCAAGUUUCAGACGUUGUCUAAGGACCAAUUUAAAAUACCGUCAAACUCGUUUUCAGCAUUUAAACUUUCCUAUGAUGAUGCAAACAAUAUAAGCGAGUCUUCGAAAACUGUGCUAUUGGGGAAGAUACCCGACACAUGGUUCGAGGAGAAGAGUAAGGGGCUAGUCAAUAGAUUUGUUAAGUCAUCUAGGAAGUCGCUUCGAUCGAGCUUCAAAAAUGUGAUAGGUGGAGUAUUGGGCUCAUCCACCUCAGGCUCACUGUAUGAAAUUGAGAAUAAAGUCAUGGAUAUCUUGGAGACCUCUCUUAAUGCUGACCCAGAGGACGAUUCUGAUUUCCUGGCCGAAAGUCAUAGCGAUCGAAGCGACUGUGAGAGUGAAAGAUUCGAUCAAUUUUCAUAUAACGAUCCACUGUCUUUGCAUUCCGAAGAGCCAUUAAAAGGCGAUGAUCCUUCGCAUCAGCAUACUGAGAUAAGAGCGGCCCACCCGCUGGAAUCACCAGAUAUUCAUUUCUCUAAAAAUGGCAACAAGGGGCCUGUAAAUAAACACAUAGAUGAGGAAGUUGACCCUAAUGACGCUACUGGAAUUGAUAUCUACUCGCCUGCACAGUCUCCUAGUACUUUCGAUAAUUCUGAAUACCAGAUACCGCUCGAUUCUAGCCGAACAUCACUCCCUCUGGCAGCUUAUUCAGUGACGAUGAAUUCUGAUUUUGACUCCAGCAAACUGGGGGCCGAAGACGUAUCUGCGCAGAGUCAUGUCGUUCGGUUCAAUACCCAGCGUAGUAAUCUUCUGCGCAGGUUAAGCUUUCGAAGAAUCAGUAAAAGUAGAAAGAAUAUUGCAGUAGUAAUGCCUCAGCCUUGCGAUGAACCAGUACUAUCAGGAAAUCAGCGAGUCAGAAGGAUUCACAUAAAGGAAGAGAGAAAAGUAAUGAAAAAGAUGAAACGGCUUGCUCUGAGGGGUAAGAAGUCUGCCCGUAAAAGCACUGGCGACGUUAAACAAAGAUUGGUAAAGAAACUUUUAAGGUCGUACCAAAAUGGAGAAAUUAUAAAGGCCGAUAAAAUGUUAGUCCUUAUAAAGAUAGCAAAAUCUGUGAAUCAGCUACCUCUGUUCAGCGAAAAUGAACCAUGCGAUUCCAGAGUAUACGAGAGAUGGAGAGAAUAUAUGGUUGUGCUAAGAAAAUCCAAUCGGUCAUCUACAUCUACUGAAAUUCAACUAUAUGAUGUUAAUAAGAAGAAGAAAUCACAAAAGUUGAUCAAACCUGAUAUAUCAUUUCCGUUGACCAGUAAACAGGUGAAAGUACAGUUUUAUAGCGCAGUUGAUAAGUCAAUCAGCUUAAUUGUGGGGGAUCAUGAUCCCGACACUGAAGAAGAAGAGGUAGCGAAGGGCGUAAAGAUAUAUAUUUUACAAUGCCAGGCGCAGAGUUCGUCCUACCAAUGGCUAUACUUAAUGAAAGGAGUUCUUGGCUAUAAUAUGCCAUCUGCAUUCCAGGUUGCAAUCCCAAUGUUGGACUUAUCCAUCUUUAUUGAAAUACCAUUGGAAGUUGUGAAAGAUAGCUUUAUUUCAAAGAAUUUAGAUUCUAUAACAGUAAAUAAACUAUCGAAAGGAUAUUCAAUAGAAUAUGUUGGUAUCUUUAAGUAUCUAAGAGAGGCAAUAAGUUCACUGGCUAAAUCAUUAAUCAAUGCCACCACUUCAGAGAAAAUACAGAAGGCAAUACGGGAAGCUCAUAAUUUUUGGUUGUGCUAUAAGUACUAUGAUAGAUUGGAAUGGGCCAGUUUUGAUAGCCAUAUGUUUUAUAUUCAAAACUUAGUGAAGACUGAUCAAUAUCAGGUAGAAUUGCGAGACAAAACUAUUAGUCCAAGACUGACAAGAAGUAUUAGUGGGAAAUUAAUAAAGGAGCCUGUUCCAAUAGAAGGAUUUUUAUCAAGAUUGACCGAUAUAUUUGGAGAUGAGAAAUCAAUCUUGAGUAAGUUUUACAGAAUGCUGUAUUUCUAUUCUAGUGACAAUAUUCUUUUCUACACCAAGUUUUAUCGUGCAAUACCGCCUUCUCCGGAUAGCGCAUUUCUAUUUUGCGAUGAAGGUACGGAUAUGUAUGAAAUAGCUAGCAAAAUGCCAAAUGUAUUUGAACAAAAUCCAUUUCCAUUAGACGAAAAUGAUCAUAUUGAAUGGUUUAAUGAUGAAAACUUUGAGAAGAUGGACAAAUUGGCACUUUCAGAAUUAGAGAGGAGAAUACAUCAAAUAGUGAAGGCAGAGGCGGCUAUUGACUUGUGCCAGGUUAGGGAAAUUCGUAAAGUGCCAUUUAAAUCUAUUUCACUCUUGCAAAAGAAAUUCAUGAAUUUAAUUUGGUAUCUGAACAAUCAGAGUGAAGACGACGAAGAAAUAAUGGAUUCAGUGCUUGAAAUUGAAAUGAUACAUGGGUCUGUCCUUAAGUUACAAGCCCCAUCCAGACUAAUUCGAGAUCAAUGGAUCCUGAGGUUACAGGAUUUGAAGAACUAUUGGUUUAUUAGGAAAAACGAUGAUUUGGCAAAGAUGUCCGAAGUACGGCUAAAAAACAAAAAUAACUUGAUGAUAAACGAAUAUACUGAUUCCAAUAUCGUUAAAGAAGUGGGAAAAGUCGAACUAGCUCACUCAGUUGCUGACUCUCAUGUUUAUAAUAUGGACAGCUUGAGUUUAAAUCGUUGUAUAAUAAUGAGUGGGUAUUUGUAUGUCAAGCCCAAAGUACAUUCAGAUUUUGCUCAGUAUUUUGUUGUCCUAUGUCCUGGCUUUUUGUUGUUGUUCACAUUCAGUAAGAGAUCUAAAAGAACUGGAGUGAGUAAGGAAACUUCAUCAUACGAGCAUUAUAUGACCAUCGGACUUAACAGUACAUAUUUACAUUCUGGUGAAUCUACAGCAGGCGAUUUAUUGUAUACUCGGAAAGAAUUUGAUUCGCGACACCCUGGUCAUCAUACUUUACCAAGAAUUUACUCUAACGGAUGGAAAUCUGCUGAGGAGGAACCAAUACGUUGUUUCAGUAUUUGGAUGGGUAAAAAGAGAAAUUAUACUGGAAAAGCUAAGUCAAAUUACGAAGGUUUAGAGUCGGGAAACCUCGGUAAUGCAAGAAACACAUUACCUAAAAAUCCAGGAUUUGUCAGAAUGUACCAAAAAUUUGGAUUGACUGGUAAAACCAUACUAUUCAUGGCAAGGUCAAGGCAAGAAAGAGAACUAUGGGUGACUAAUAUUUUAAUCGAAACUGAUAGAUACAAAUCAAUCGCACGGAAGCGUUAA